AUGCCGCGCACACUGCCUCCCGAGAUCGUGGCGCACAUCUUCCAGCACGCCCUCGUCAACGAUCCCAACGGCGCAGGGCGCAGCAUCUCCCUCGUUUCGCGUGCCUACCUGCCUGCUGCUCGCAUUGCACUCUACCACACGCCGCACAUCACCCGGCACAACAUCCAUGCCUUCCUCCGCUCGCUGGCGAGCACAGCUCCGAGCCAGGCGGUUGCCGCAUCGCUUGUGCGCCGCCUCGUCUUCUGCACGGCCAAGCGGCAGGGCGACGCACAUGAGCACGUCGAUGUCCGCCUCGUGCUCGACGCGCUCAUUGCGUGCGGGCCGUACGUCGAGGAAUGCUUGCUGGACAUGACCUGCUCGGCCGUAGCAUGCUCGUGGGCGGAUGGCACCGGCAGUCUGGAAUCGUACGCAAAUGCGCUCGGCUCGCUGCGGAAGCUCCGCGAGCUGUCGAUUCGCUCGCCAAAGGGCUACAUGCCGCCCGGAGCGCGCCGUCUGCUCGAGGCUGCGCUGGGCCAGAGUCCGCAGGUCAAGUCGCUCAACCUCUACUGGACGUCGCCUGGGCCCUUCGACGCGCCGGGCAACGUCGAGUCGCUGCACGACACGCUGGCCGCAUGUCCGCACGUCGAGCGGCUGCGCAUCAUCAGUGCCAGCGACAGCAGCAGGGCACUAAGUCCCAGCACGGGACACCCAUCGCGCGGCGUGCCGGAGCAAGGCGCCGAGACGGUCGACAUCUGGCCCAAGCAGCGUACGAUUGAGCUCGAGCCACUGGAGCAUGAGCAAGACAUGGACAUCCGCGCCCGCUGGGCCGCCGCAGCGCGUGCCGACGGCUCGACGUCGUCGGACUCGGACCCGCCGCACGCGCCCAACUCGCUCGGCCUCUUCGACCUCGACCGCAGCCGCGCGAGCAGCGCCAGCAGCGGCGCCAGCAGCGUCGUCGCCGGCCUGACGAGCCCUGCGCUGGCCGGCGCGCUCGUCGUCGGUCCGCGAGCGGCAGCGGGCAGCGUGAGCAGUGGCAGCAGCAGCCUUGCGGCACGCAGCAGCAGCACGAGCAGCGGCAGCAGCGCACCGGAUGCCUCGGGACGGCGCGACCGCAGCACGAGCAUCGCCGAGCACCACAAGCACCUGCCCGUCCUCGCCGCCAACGCCGAGGCCGACAGCGCCGCCCCGCCCGUCGCCGUCCACGCGGCCGUGCAGCGGGCCGCGCGACGGCUCGGUCGCCAGCGCAGCCUGGCGGCAGGCAUGAGCCGCGUCGUCGAGGAGCAGGGCGGCGCCGGCCUCUCGGAGGCGGCGCUGGCUCGGCGCCGCAGCGUGCCGCACGGCCUGCGCUCCCGGGCGCGCGCCUGCUCGGCCAGCACCGACGAAGGAUGGGAGACGUUUGUCGGCUCGCUGCUCGCUGCCAAUGCGCCUCGUGCUGCGGCGGCGCCCUAG